AUGGCUUCACCUCAGGUUAACGGCGAGGUCCCCCACUCGGCCUUCUUCGAUCAUCUUGCCCAGUACCCCGUAGUCAACGAUGGCAUCGAGGUAUUCAAGAAGAACCCUUACGGUCAGCGCAGCAUAAAUGUUACCGACAUGGUCUACAAGCGGGUCGCAAAGCCCGUGAUUCCCUACCUGUCAAGGCCGUAUCAGUAUGUCAGCCCAUACGUUAAGAGGGUUGACGACAUCGGCGACAAGACGCUCGCCAGAGUCGAUAAGACAUUCCCCGCGGUCAAGAAGCCGACAGCAGACCUCUAUGCCGAUGUGUCGAACCUUGUGACUUUGCCCAUCCGCAAGACAAUUGAGGGCAAGGACCACGUCAUCACCACUUACAGCCAGGAGUAUAAGAGCUUCGUCAACAACUCUGGCAACGAGGGCGGCCUCGUCACGUACGGCAAGGCACUCUUUGGGACGGCCCUGGUCCUCACAGCUGAGUCAAUCAGCUGGGUCAAGCUUUACCUUCACAAGGCAAAGGAGGAUGCCAAGGCCGCCAGCGCCAAUAGCAACAACAGCAACUAA